UCCAGUCCAUAGUGGGGCCAGCAGGAGACCAUCCUGAGUGGAGACGGGUCAGCAGCCCAGAGAUGUUCCCAACCGAUGCACAGGCGAGCGGUCCACCCCGGGUCCCGACUCUGGACAGCCAGCACUUCAUCCAUGGCCACCGGACCUGUGCCCCCCCCCCUCUCAGAGCAGAAAAGAAAAGAAACGGCAGAUCAACUGGUCUAAAAAGGGGGUCUAUUUAAAGGCUAGAGUAUACAAAUGAGUUUUAAGAUGGGACUUAAAUGCUUCUACUGAGGUAGCAUCUCUAACUGUUACCAGGAGGGCAUUCCAGAGUACUGGAGCCCCAAUAAAAAACACUCUAUAGCCCGCAGACUUUUUUUGGGCUCUGGGAAUCACUAAUAAGCCGGAGUUCUUUGAAGGCAGACUUCUUGCCGGGACAUAUGGUACAAUACAAUCAGCAAGAUAGGAUGGAGCUUUCCCUUUGCAUCCCUUCACCCUUCCCAGCUCCCCCAAAGGGCUUGUCCCCAAUCCCCCCCUCCCAUCGAUGUUACGUAAGUUUCCUGUCAGGUUGACGACAUAUCGCUGUUGUUGUUCCCCAGUGAGUCUGUGGGACACGCCAGAUCCAGGCCUGCCCUUCUAAUGAGGCCCACACAAAGGCCCAUUGAAGAGAAGCCCCCGUGUGAGAGAGGAUGACCCAGGACUGGGCAUCAGUGGCCCCAAGGCUGUCCCCUCUGUACAAAGACCUCCACUGUGGUCAUGGAGUUGAAAGGGCAUGGAGGGGAAAAAGAAAAGGGGGGGAAAGAGGGAGGAGACAUCCUGUUCCAACAAAUAUCGGAAAAAUGAAACAAAAGCGUGACUUUUCUGACCAUGACAUGAGUACCCCAUCAAGUUCUUCUCUCCAGCAAGUCACACCCUUAAAUGUGCUUGUCUGCAGUAGCUCAGAUCAGAUUGUCUCCAAUCUUCGAACCGAAGAGAGCAUAUAAGGGACAGUCUUGGAAACUUACGGAAUACUUAUUGGUGUGUUGGACAAAAUCAUGGCAUUCUCACCUGGACUUGAGCGUCUGCUAUGAUUGAUUCAGCGCAAUUUCAAUUAUUUUCAAAGCAGCUGGAAGAAUGACUCUCUCAUCCCGACUGGAGGACAUGGAGGUGACCUUGGAGCAUGUGCUCAUGGACGUCUUUAUGACGGAGGGGAGGCGAUGUCAGGUCCAUCUCCUGGACGACAGGAAGUUGGAGCUCCUUGUGCAGCCUAAGUUGAUGGCUAAGGACCUCCUGGACCUGGUGGCCUCUCACUUCAACCUCAAGGAGAAGGAAUACUUUGGAAUUUCAUACACAGAUGAAACGGGACAUUUUAGCUGGCUUCAACUGGACCGCAGAGUAUUAGAGCAUGAAUUCCCCAAGAAAUCCGGACCCAUUGUCCUCUACUUCUGUGUCAGGUUCUACAUAGAAAGUAUAUCAUACUUGAAGGACAAUGCCACUAUUGAGCUGUUUUUUCUCAACGCAAAGUCCAUCAUCUCCAAGGAGCUCAUUGAAGUGGACAGCGAAGUUGUCUUUGAGCUGGCGUCCUAUAUUCUCCAAGAGGCUAAGGGUGAUUUCACCAGUAAUGAUGCAACCAGGUCUGACCUGAAAAAGCUGCCUGCUCUGCCCACCCAGGCCCUAAAGGAGCACCCAUCCCUUGCCUACUGUGAGGAGCGGGUCAUAGAACACUACAAGAAGCUCAGUGGGCAGUCCAGAGGGCAGGCCAUUGUAAACUAUAUGAGCAUUGUCGAGUCCCUGCCCACAUAUGGAGUACAUUACUACGCUGUAAAGGAUAAGCAGGGGAUCCCUUGGUGGCUGGGCCUGAGCUACAAAGGCAUUUUUCAGUAUGACCAUCAGGACAGAGUCAAGCCCAGGAAGGUGUUCCAAUGGCGUCAACUGGAGAACCUUUACUUCAGAGAGAAGAAGUUCUCCGUGGAAGUUCACGACCCCAGGAGUAGGGCGUCUGUGACACGGAGGACGUUUGGUCAUAGUGGCAUCGCUGUGCACACCUGGUACGCCUGUCCAGCCCUCAUCAAGUCCAUCUGGGCCAUGGCCAUAAGCCAGCACCAGUUCUAUCUGGACCGCAAGCAGAGCAAGUCAAAGAUCCAUGCCGCACGCAGUCUGAGUGAGAUUGCCAUCGACCUCACCGAAACGGGAACGCUGAAAACCUCCAAAUUGGCCAACAUGGGCAGCAAAGGCAAAAUUAUCAGUGGGAGCAGUGGCAGCCUACUCUCGUCAGGCUCUCAGGAAUCAGACAGCUCCCAAACAGCCAAGAAGGACAUGCUGACAGCACUGAGGGCCCGGCAGGAUGCUCUGGAGGAAACGCUGAGGCAGAGACUAGAGGAACUCAAGAGCAUUUGCAUCAGAGAGGCUGAACUGACAGGGAAACUUCCUAAGGAAUAUCCUCUAGAUCCAGGAGAGGAACCCCCUACAGUGAGACGGAAGAUCGGUACCGCCUUCAAACUGGAUGAGAAGAAAAUUCUUCCUAAGGGGGAGGAAGAGGAGCUGGAGCGCUUGGAGCGGGAGUUCGCCAUUCAGUCCCAGAUCACCGAGGCAGCCAGGCGCCUUGCCAGCGAUCCUCACGUCAGCAGCAAGAAGCUGAAGAAGCAGAGGAAGACGUCUUAUCUGAACGCGCUGAAGAAACUUCAGGAAAUUGAGAACUCUAUCAAUGAACACCGGGUUCGCUCUGGGAAGAAGCCGACACAGAGGGCAUCGCUUAUAAUAGAAGAGGCCAACAUUGGCUCAGAAGAUAGUUCGCUGUCUGACGCUCUGGUCCUGGAUGACGAUGACCCUCAAGUUACCGGUACCCCCAACUUCUCCCCGAUGGCGUCGCCUCACAAAGGCCUUCCCCCGCGGCCACCGUCUCACAGUCGUCCCCCACCGCCGCAAUCCCUGGAUGGACUGCGGCACCUGCACUAUGCACGCACGGAUUACGAUAAAUCGCCAAUCAAACCUAAAAUGUGGAGUGAGUCGUCACUGGAUGAACCUUAUGAAAAGAUCAAGAAGCGCUCCUCUCACUCCAGUCACAGACGAUUCCCAAGCUCUGGCAGCACAGAAGCAGGAGGUAGUAACUCUCUGCAGAGCAGCCCUAUCAGGAACCUCCCUCAAUGGAACUCUCAGUCCAGCAUGCCGUCCACCCCGGACAUGAGGACCAGGACGCCACACUAUGUACAUUCCACUAGGUCGGUGGACAUCAGUCCCACACGUCUGCACAGCCUCGCUCAGCACUUUAGAAACCGCAGCUCCAGUCUGGAGUCCCAGGGCAAGCUCUUGACUUCGGACCCUGACGCACACCCACACGCCCUCGGCACGCUGGGCAGCCCUGACUUUUUCUUGGGCCCGACACGGAGCUCUAAUGGCUCUGACCCGUUGGAUGAUUGCUCCUCCUGCACCAGCCAGAGCAGCUCGGAGCAUUUCUACCCGUCCGGCGGGCCCUUAGCCCCCGGCACCAAUCCCAACUACUCCACACUCGGUGAGGACUCGCCUUCAAAAGCGAGGCAGAGGCAGCGGCAGAGGCACAGGUCUGCAGGUCAUCUGGGCUCCUCUAACUCCGGCUCCAUGCCAAACUUGGCAGCUAAGAACGGCUCUGUUGGAGGAUCAGGUGGAGGCGGCAUAGGCGGAGGACACCACGGAGUCUACCUCCACAGCCAGAGCCAGCCGUCCUCCCAGUACCGCAUCAAAGAGUACCCGCUAUACGUGGAGGGGAGCCCCAACCCGGUGGUCGUGCGCAGCCUGGAGAGCGACCAGGAGGGCCACUACAGCGUCAAAGCCCAGUUCAAGACCUCCAGCUCUUACACGGCGGGGGGACUGUACAAGGAGGCGUGGGGAGGAGAGGAGGGAGGGGAGGGCGGCGGCCGACUAACGCCGUCCCGCUCGCAGAUUGUACGGACUCCAUCGUUGGGGCGCGAGGGGAGCGGAGGGGGUCGGGCGGCAGUGUCAGAAGAGCUGCGCUGCUGGUACCAGAGGUCGUCCGGGAGCCUGAAGGAGAGGAAUCACUCCCACUCAGGAUCCACCUCAUCCGAAACAGGGUCACAGCAAGGCACACUAGGACAUGGGCGGGGCAGUCGGGUAGGAACGCUCGCCAAAGGCUCACCAGUUGCAUCCCCACACAGCCAGAGGAGUAUGACACCCUCUGGUGACCAGACCGCCACACCCACUCCGCCCUGCAGUCCACAGCACAUCCUCAACUGGCAGAGCGGGUCCUUCACUGACAGCUGCUUCCUCGGCAGCCCCUCGUGUUCAGAGCUGGCAGACGUGCAGUGGUACAGACGCGACAAGGCCAAACCUGGAACCCUGGUCUGAGACCCUUGGAAAAGAGCCCCCCACCCCCACUUGGAGAAGUCCCCGGUAUUAUUGAAACCCUCCCUGCACCGUCCUAGACCACGUCCCGCUCACAACAACCAAGAACCUCAUCGCUAAGGCCUGACAUAUCCAUCCCGACUUUUUUCUCCCACUAGGGAUCAAGCGGCGCGGCGUAGUAGAUGUGGAAAGAGCACGGUCACCCACUCCCAAUCAUCACUUUCCUAUUUGUCCCUCUUAAAAACUUGAAUCCACUCGAGAAGAUUCCUGCUGGUUUUGAGCCACCAGUCUAAAACAAAACAAAAAACAUAUUCCUGCAUAUUUAUUAUAAAUUGAAACAAUGCAUACGUUUACCAGAACAACAACGAGGUUUCUCCUCCUCCUCCCAGUUUAACCCACAACCAAAGACUGCAUUCACUGAUCGGGCCGGGGUUUCCUUGCAGAAACGCGAUGGAAAGAACACGAUCCAGACUAUAGCAAUAAAACUUUGUGGGAAUUGUGUGGUGACCAGGUGGACAGUGUCGUGCUCGUCGGCUUUGGGCGUUCAUCUCCGCUUCCUUCUAGCGACGUGUUCAGUGGGGAUUGGUUCAUGGAGUCACUGCAGAACUGAAGGACUAUUACAUUCAGUAUUGGAUCUUUAAUUGAGGAAGUCAACCUUUCUGACUCUACUUUGUCUCCUGCUGCUACAUUAUGAUACACCUUUUCCACUUUGGCGUGCAGAUUUAGUUCAGAGCUCCAGUCGACACUUACCAUUGUCCUGGAGAGACAGGAAAUCAUCUAAACCAGUGGUCCCCAAACUACGGCCUGCCAGCGUCCAAAAUCCGGCCCGCGGGUAUCCAUCCAUCCAUUUUCUACCGCUUAUUCCCUUUGGGGUUGCGGGGGGCGCUGGAGCCUAUCUCAGCUACAAUCGGGCGGAAGGCGGGGU